CAAAACCAGUUUAGCGUCAAAAUGAAAACAAAAAUAUUUUAGAAACUGACAGAAUGAAGAAAUAACUAAAACGGCACACUAUGGCUACCAAGCAGCACAUGAGGUUGAAGUGGAUUGAACACUUCAACUCUCUGUGGAUGCCAAAGGAUUGUGAGACUGUUAUAAACCCACAGACACUGAAUCUGUUGUUUGAAAGCCUGGUGUCCAACAGAGAGGUUCUGCAAGUUUCCCAGAAUGCUGUUCAUCUCCGUGGCCCGGUAAUUGCAGACUUCGAACAGGAGACCUACUCAGUUAACGAACAAGAGCACCUGCUGAACUUGCUUCUGUCUAGUCAGCUAGCACUGGCUGAUAUUGUCUAUACGAGGACACCGUUUGCUGCCAGACUUCAAAAACGCUUGAUUGUCCUCCAGAGAAUAUACCACGCAGUUUCCACCAAGUAUCAUGAAAAAUACAAUGUCAGACUCGAUCAUCUGAACAAUGAAGAAAAUGAACUGGAGUGCAGAGACGCCACACCAAUUGUUUCAUAUCAGAUGCCGACAGGUAACGAGGCACUGGUCGAACUGGGGGUCAAAACAGGCCUAAGUCUGCUGUUUUCUCUUCUGCGUCAGAACUGGACCUUGGCGGAGAAAUGUGGCCAUCUUUCACUGUGUAAUGAUGUAUUCCGUACGGCUAUCGGAGUUGUGUUGUCACUACCACCUCUUUCUCUUGCCAAUGAAACAAAGAUGACUGCUUUGGGAGUGGACUCGCUGAAUGAAAUAACAAAAUUUCUAUGUGCGGCAGCAAACCCGUCGAGUGGUGCAGACAUAUUAGGACAGCAGCUGGCCUCUGAUUUGAUGAUCUCCCUAGCAACCCAGCGAGGAUCUCUUCGUUAUUUAUUGGAGUGGAUUAAGUUGUCUCUUGAUGUGUCGACCACAGCUCAGCUGGAACAGAAACGUGGCAACCAGGCUGGUCAGGGCAUGCUUCGGUGGAGCUUUUUUGACAAUGUCUUACAGGCUAUGAUGAAGUCGGCAGGAGGACCAUGUCGUUUUGCCAAAAAGAACAAGCCAACAAUGACAGAUGAUGAUCUUUUCCCCAUGUAUGAAGCUGGUCUUCACUUGCUGGAGGAGCUCCAAGCUCUGGCUGAAGAAUAUGCCAACAGCUGUUCUGGUCCAGAUGAGAAUAAGAACAAUCCUAUUAUCAACACGAGUCACCAGCCCGUCUUGACGGCGAUCAUACCCUGCGACAUGUAUACCUGGGGUAGUAACAGCAGUCACCAGCUCGCUGAAGGCUCUGUGGAGAAAAUUGUCAUCCCCAAACAGGCCUCAUCAUUUCCAGAGUGUCAGCAGAUCGAGGCUGGCCAGUUUUGCACAUUCAUCAUUCACACUGACGGCUCGGUGAGUGCAUGUGGCAAGGGAAGCUAUGGCCGACUUGGGCUUGGCGACUCAAACAAUCAGGCUCUGCCAAAGAAAAUUGUCUUUGACCCAAACCAUAAAAUGAAGAAAAUCUCCUCGUCUAAAGGCUCAGAUGGGCAUACACUAGCACUGUCGACAGAAGGAGAGAUAUUCAGUUGGGGAGAUGGAGACUACGGGAAACUUGGACAUGGCAGUAACCUCACACAGAAGAGUCCAAAAAUUAUCAUCGGACCUCUCACCAGCAAGGUUGUAAAGUGCAUCUCCGCUGGCUACAGACACAGUGCGGCUGUCACGGAAGAUGGCGAGUUGUAUUCAUGGGGGGAAGGUGAAUAUGGUCGUCUAGGUCACGGAGACAGUUCGAGCCGUAACCUGCCGAAGCACGUCAAACAGAUCAGCGGAGUCGGUCAGGUGGCCUGUGGCAGUUCCCACACACUGGUCGUUUCACAGGAUGGUCGAACUGUGUGGUCAUUCGGAGGUGGCGAAAAUGGUCAGCUUGGCCAUGGAGACAUGAACCGACAGUAUGAGCCAAAAAUUAUUGAGGCGUUGGUGGGGAUGUAUAUUCAAAAGGUUGUCUGCGGCUGUCAGUUUUCCCUUGCCUUAACAUCCACUGGACAGAUUUAUGCAUGGGGAAGUGGUUCCUGUCUAGGCUGUGGUGCCUCUGAGGUGAUCAGUUUGCGUCCACGUCUGAUCGAGGAGCUACAGAAUAUCCGUCUGGUUGACAUUGCGUCUGGUGACAGCCAUUGCUUGGCUCUCACACAUGACAAUGAGGUAUAUGCCUGGGGCAACAAUGGCAUGGGUCAGUGUGGCCAAGGUCACACCCAAAGUCCCAUCACGAGGCCAAGGAAAGUGCUCAGCCUGGACGGUGCGGCUAUUCAGCAGAUAUCGGCCGGCACAUCUCACAGUGUGGCUUGGACAACUCUGCCUCUAGACAGACAAGUUGUGGCGUGGCACAGACCGUUCUGCAUAGAUCUUCAGGAACACACGUUCAAGCUACUGUGUAAUUUCCUCGAGCGGUAUUGUGAUGACUUCAACAAUGACAUUCCACCUGCACCUUUUCAAACAGAGCAAGAACAUCAGCGGUUUGUGUUGUUGUGUCUGAAACUAUUGCGUUCACACCUUUCAUUGGCUGUUGCUGGAGGUUUGGGUAGUGAGGUGUUCGGCAAACAAACUCGGCCACUAAGAAAUCUUCUGUUUAGACUGAUGGAUACCACCACCCCGGCAUCUAUUCAUGAGGCUGUAGGAGACACGCUUUCUAUUGGAGCCCCUCUGUUGCUGCCCCCACUGAGAGAAAGAAUGGAACUGCUCCACACUCUUCUACCUCAGGGUCCAGGCUGUUGGGAGAGCUUGACCAAAGGGCAGAGGAUGCAGUUGGAUAUUAUUCUGACCAGCUUGCAUGAUGACCAGGCUAUAGCCGGUGUGCUGGGCCUGCCAUGUCUACUCUCGUGUAAAGAGGCGGGCGACAAACUUUGGCUGGCCGAGCUACUCAUGAAGACCAUUCUCAGGAAUCUCGCAUCCCAUACAGAAAAAGUCCUCACAGCGUUUGAAAGUAAUGGAGGAAGCUUACCAAAGAACAGUGCAGAGGCGUCGCCACCCUCUCACCUGCACACUCUCCUCUCGUCCCUACAGAAACACCUGCUGGCUUUCUGCUUUACCAAGUCAUCCGACAACGCUGCCUUGGUUCGACCGGUCAUCACCCACCUAAAUAAUCAUCUGUCGUUACUUCUGUCCAUGUGUGGGGAAAUCUUCUCACGCACCACACAGAUUGUACACAAUUUAUCCAGUGUCCCUGACCUUUGGGAGAAUAUUGAAGAGAUCCUCCUCGGUUCCCCGGUUGGCGGAAUGCUGCUGCAUGUUCUCCACUGGAUGCUAGUGAUGCCCAGCAACCAUGUCAGUUUCCUGCUGCAAGAUAUUCUGGCUCUCUUGACCUGCAUCGACAAGCUCUGCAAGGCGUUGCCACACAUACACACACUGGAACAGGUGGAAUUAGAUCCUCAGCAAGAGAGUGAGCGCGAUCUUGGCUGGAUGUGGCUGGUAGACAUGGAGCGGGCGUGCUCCCUGGUGGUGGGGACCAGUAUUGGACAGAUGCUGCUCGGCCCUCCAGACACCCCCGAGGAACGAAAGUGCUCUCUCUGGCUGCAGAGUUCGCUGCUUAGCAACGGCUUGGAGAUGCCUUACAGCCAGUUUGAAAAAACUUCCAAACGUCUCUUUGACUAUUACAUCGAAUCGAAUAAACGUAGGUACAGUGGGAGCUUCGACAUGAACCUUGACCCAGCUAUUGUGAUGCUUCUUGACCUGGCCAUGGGUGCUCAGACUGAGUCUGUUCAGCGGGCCUUGGGGAUGAUGGUCGACUAUGCUGAACACCACGACCUAGACACCAGUGAUUUGCAGGAGGAGCCUCUGCUGGACAUGGUGGGGAGAUUCUAUUUGGCAGCACUCAUCAAACAUCUCAAUUUAACCAAGACCGCACUUGAAGGAGAAAAACCUACAAAAAGACUGGCAGCGGUGUACUACAAUGUGUAUCAACUCCGAAGCAAGAUUUUGUCAUACAAGCAGCCUGGAGGUUCACAGUCGACAAAGUCGGAAAGUGAUCCGAUAGGCAAAUUCUCCGACAUCGAUCUUGGCGAAUCUGGCCAUGACAUUGCAGAAGACACAGAGUAUUCUGAUCAAGUCCGAAAUGAUUCUGAUGGAGAAGGUGAAACAGUCAAAGUUUCCAAAAAAUCUGAGCAGAAAAACAUCACUUACGAAGAUCUCUGUCAAGCAGUUAUACAUCGAUGUGCUUUCCUGCUCCUUGGGGUCAAGGCUUUUGGAGAUGAUGAACAGUCGAUAGCAAGCAAGAUCAACAUAGAUGCCCACAGUUCUCUUGAACUAGAUAAAGAUGUGGAGGUUGGGCAGUCUACAGAGCAAAGACAGUUGUUUAGAAGAGGAAGUUUCCCUGAUUUAUUUUCAGCUGAUUUUCAGGCUGAAGGCAUUCAAAGACAAAAUCAACCAGGAAGAAUCACUCCCACCUCCCAGCCUAAUCAGAGAAGAGUGGUGGGAUCUAACUUCAGCACUCUACAGAUGGCGAAAGAGGCCCUGCGACGCCUUCGAUGGAGACGUGAGAGAAUGGAGAACAUGACCUUGACCUCAAAAGACUUUGAAAGUCAGAGUUCAUCGGCUCAUGCACUGACCCUGCAGAUCGAGAGAUUUGUCGGUGGCGAUCAGCUAUCGGUGGCGACCGACACGGGUCCCAUUUACUCUGUGCUGACCUGGGUCAUAGGGAAGGCCAUGGAGACGCAACAAGAACGAGCAGAGUCCCGUCUUGAUGCUCUCAAUCAAAUUGUUUCCCUCUUGACAACCUGGAAAGAAAAGACAAAGGUUGAUGACAGCUGUCCAUCAUCUAAAAGUCCCACCUCCACUACCUUUCUUACAUCCGCCCACCUUCAGCUAUUGGCUGGAUGCUUUGGGUUGCUGGUGCUGCCAUCUGAAGGGUUAAAUACAACCACUCAGCUUUACCACUACCAGGAUUCUAUCAAAGUGGCCCGAUCACAAACCCAGCAGGAAAUACAGUUGGUGGUUCACCGGAUAUAUGAGGCACUUGUCGCAUCGCUGCUCGAUACAAAACAUGGCUGUGAUCCUAACAAGCACCUGCUGCUGUCGUGUGUGUUUGCACUAAGUGUCAAGUACCAGCCGGCUGAUGUUUCUCUCGCUGUGUCGUGCGGCCUCCUCCCGGCUCUGUUUGACCUCAGCGAGGACGCGACCAUGUACCCCUAUACCAUGCUGCCGGCACGCGAGUGUCUGUCGGCACGUGACACCGAAACCAUUCUGCAGGUCUCCAGUUACCGGCUCUUACAGGUCAUCGCUGUCACUGUCGGAACCUAUGCAGAUCGACUGAGUUUUGGAGUUGUCCAGUCCAUCAUUGAUCUCCUGUGGAGUCAGCUACAGAACCACCUCACAGUGGCCUGCAUACAGAUGGAGGAAAAACAGUCUAAAAUACCACACACCUGGGAUGCUGAAACUGCCUGUGUUUCCAAUGGUGAGACUACUGUGGGAGACUUCCUCGUGUACCUGCGUAGGACCGCAGCGUGUGUGGCCAUCCAGCAGAAACUAACGGCAGAGAAGUGGGUCAGUGCACUGCUCUCGAUUGCAUGUGGUACAAGUCAGGAAGGUUUUCCAUUAUUCUGUAAUCUGCGCACACGACUUCUGUCUCUGUUUCUGUUGGAGACGGUACUUCCCGCUGCGAGCGUUGAUGAAGAUGCGGUUUACAAACAAAAGGUGGUUGGUCAGCUGUUCGAUUGUCUCUCUGACAACAUGUGGCGGAUCCCUGAAGCCAUCUUUCGACUGGACGCAGAGAACAAAAAGAAUGACUUACAGAAGCAGAGCGAGUCUGCAAAGAAGUCUCCGGACAAAUCAUUCCCUGGUAAAGUGGGCGGGGCCAAUCUGGUGCAGUCGGCCACGUUUGACAGUGACAAGUGUGUGAACUGCUCCGUCGAUAAUGCCCACUGCGUUGUCACUCACAGUGUCGGUGGGCGGGGCUAUGCUCUGGGCAGCACAGUGCUCACAUCCGGCUGCUACCAUUGGAAGUUUCUGAUAGUGAGGGAGAACCGAGGCAAUGAAGGGACGUGUGUAGGAGUUGCUAAGUUACCAAUCCGCGACCAUGGCCACCGCACGACAUCGGACAUGUGGUUGUACCGCGCGUACAGCGGUAAUCUGUACCACAACGGCGAACAGACGUUGAUCCUGUCAAGCUACACGCAGGGAGACUACGUCAGCAUCGUCCUCGAUGUCGACGCAAGAACACUAGCUUUUGGGAAGAACGGAGAGGAGCCUCAAGUUGCGUUUGAAGACAUCGAUUCGACUGAGCUGUAUCCAUGUGUCACGUUCUACAGCAGUAAUCCUGGAGAAAGGGUGAAGUUGACAGACAUGCGGUAUCAUGGCGGUAUCCCAGACUUGUUGCCGGGUGACCCAAUGUGUGCUCCAGCAACGUCGGUCAUGGUUGAAGCAGCAAUAACUGUAAUCCGUAAAAUGCAUGUCAUGGACGCCUGGACUUCCUGUGUCAACAGCCAUAUUUGCUCAAUGCUUAACAAGGUCAAGGACACCGAUGACACUAGCGGAGAAACAAAAGCAAACAUACCAGAAAUAACAGUGCAAGAACCGGAAACUGAAGACAAUGUUGAGACUGAUGCUCAAAAAGAAGAUGUGGAAGUUACAACAGAAAAAACUGAUGAAGAAACAGAAAGCACAAAGGAUGAUGACGAUGAUGUGAAAAAUGUGAAAGAUGAUAUGAAAGAUGAUGUGAAAAAUGUGAAAGAUAAUGAGCAGAAGACCAGUACUGGUAACACUGAGACUGGUACUGUCCCGUUGUUGAGACCACACUUCUCCGAGUCCAUGAGUGAUGUCAGGCUAGACCUGCUCUGUAACCAGGUGUGGCCUUGCUUGGCAGUUAUGGGUGGUGUGGACAGUGGGUUGAGAGUUGGCGGCCGGUGUCAGCACAAAGUGACAUCUAGAAAAGGGACUGUGAUGGGUCUGGCGAGAGAGGGGUCAUCGUCUCUGAAGGUGUUGUGGGAUGAAGGAGAUUCAACAAACAGUGAUACCACCAUCAACAACCUCGAACCUCUUCCACCGGUCGCUUUCUCCGUGGAGAAACUCGAAGGCCUGACCGCCUGCCACCUGAAGUCCAUCUUCGAGCUGACGGACAUUGUCCAGGAGAAGAAGUGUGCUGGUUUCGACCCUGACCCCGGCGCGGAGGUGGUGAGACAGCGGAAGAAGCAAAAGAAGAUCCGGGAGGCGAUGCUCAAGGUGAAGGAGCAGCUUCAGGAGGACAAGAAGGCCCAGGACGACCUCAUGAAGGAGCUGGACGACGACAUCGCGCGCAUCCUUGACGAGGAGUCUGAGGACGACAACAUAUCGCUCAGACCACUCGGAGCUGAAGAAUCAAAUUCAGGAAGCCUCGACCUUUUUGUGCUGGCCAGGGAAGACAAUACGUCAGACAGCCGAGAGGAGAUAGAACAGAGAAACACGGAGGAAGCUCGGGUGUCUGAGAUACAGGAUGAAGUCGCUGAUACAACCGUGUCCACUGUCGACAUGGAAUUUCACUCGUCCGACCAACAGGCUGAACCGAGUCGUGCUGAAUGUGUUGAGGUGGAAAGCUGUCAGAACGUGGAAGCUAAACCAGAAGAUGAGUGCAAUAAGGAGAGUACAGGGGUUGUGGGUCACGAAACUCCUGUGUCACUGGAAACCACUAGUCAGGUCGAUGACGGCGGGACGGGCCGUGGUCACUCUAGCGUCGAGGGCGAGGAAGACGCUAGUCAGGUCGAAAUGGAAGCUGAAAAGGCGACAAAUCAAAUGCAGCUGGAUGGAGCGAAAGAACUGAAGUUCAUGAAGUUUGCCUUCUUGCAGCUGUCUGCUUUAAAGACUCUCUGCGCCAUCGUUUGCAGUAAUGGAUAUACGGAGAUGCUGCUCGUGCCGAAAACGGAGGUGGUGGUGGACGAUUCAAAAACGGCAUCGAAAGAUGAAGCUCAGGAUACGGAGGUGAAAGACGGUUUGUUGAACGAGGAGUCAAAAGUAAGUCUGGGUCACAGUAAGUCGGAGGGACCGCUUCACAAAGACUGCGAGAUGAUCGGCGUCCUGAGGAACAUCAUCAAGUCACUGGUGCAGAAAGCUACCAUGCCAUGUCCAUUUAAAAGAGUCGUUUCCCUUGGAGAACUCGAGCGAAUGUUAACCGUCUUACAGAAACUGGUGUUCAUGAUCCGCACAGAGGAACAGUAUGGGAUAAAGUUAACUGAUGAGACCUGUCGUGGAACACAGAGUCUGGAGUCAAACAGUGAGACAUCUGUUGGCAGUCGUAACUCGGACACCAGCAUGUCGUGUGAGGUCGACUCGAUGAGCCAGCUCUCCAUCGGAACACAGCAGGCCUCCAUUCUCAGAUACAUGAGGUCCAGCCCAGAGGAUUUAUCUAUAGCUGGACUGGCCAGGCGGAUGCUUCUGUCCCUGCGUCCUCAACUUGUUCAGCCCAUCCCACAGCCCCGGUUUGCUCCCCCACCCCUGCCGCUGAGAUCUCGCUCCCCCUCACCACCACCCCCUCCGGUGGUUAUUCCUCUCCUUGACAUGGGCUUCACCCUGCCUCAUGUCAGGCAGGCACUUUCUGCAACAAAUGUGAAUGGCCAGGAGGUGACUGCUCGCUCCAUCAACACGCUGGCUAUCUGGAUGCUGGAGAAUCCAUCGGAUGUGGUGGAGGAGCUGGCCGCGGCACCGUGCGCCACCGAAAACUCCCUAUCGGACGAUGCUGACACCAUCCCAGCUGCAGGCCGAGAAGAAGAGUUGCCAAUUGAAACGCUGAGUGAUUCAUCAUCUGAUGAAACAUUUGACCUGCCGAGGAUCGGUCGAGUGUCGCCGAUUGUACGCCGGCCCCGACGACUAGCACGCAGUAGACACAUCGACAUCAGAAGAUUCUGUGCGCAGUCGAACCGUGAACGUCGUGACCGUCGGGAGCGGCGACAAGAAGUUGAUGAAGCACGACCACUGUAUGACCUGACUGAUGAAAUGCAGGAUGAGAUGUAUUACUGUGAGGAUGGGCUGGAAGAUGUGUUCUCCUUCAUCCCUUCCUCCACUAGUAUCACAGACCUUGUCAGUCAAUCUGACGGCCUAUUGGAGCGUGUAACAUGUGAGCUGUGUGGCACAGAAACAACCACUCUCAACAGACACAUGAAGGAAUUCCACCCAGGGUGUGGAUGUAACUGUGAAGGACAUGCGUACCGUAGUAACGGUGUGUAUGAGACCGGGUUGCCGGGAGGGAUGUGCGGCUACGGUACAACCGUCUACUACCUGUGUCUCAUCUGUAGAGAUGCGUACCUGCUGCAUUACAACCGAGAGCAGACGGACGAGGCUCGGUCAGACGGUGCCAAGAGAACUCUAGCUCGAACCUCAGCUCCGGACCUUCUUGGAUCUCUAGACAAAGGAACAGAUGAUGGCCUAGCUUUUGUAUCCGAGGAAAGGUUCAGUCUUGUGAACAUCAGUGUUGAGAACUAUCAGAAUCUUCUACCCCAGCUGGGCCUCACGGACAAGAAGACCAUACCGGACACGGUGCGAUUCCAGGACUCUGACCCACUUGGUGCAAAACUGAUGGCCAGCAAUGCAGGAUACACAGUUAAAGAAUCUACAAGUAGCCACUCGAGAACCUCUCGGUUUGAUGUCAGACCGAAGACUCUGGGAGAACAGGUGUUGAACAUUAAAACCAGCAGCGAUCGUCUUAUUGCUCUUAGACGGACAACCGCAGCAACUCAAGUGUCACUCGCUCGAACCAUCAUCAUGAGAGUUCUCUCACUUAUCACAGAAAGUAGAACAUCAUACAGUUUGUGUGUCGCUCUGGAACUGAUUGGGCUGUCUGAUAUUAAACACAUCAUGCGACUGAUGGCCCUGUGUGCGGCGGGGAAGCUGAGCUGCUCGGGCAACACUGGACAGCAGGUGUCGCAGGAGUGCAUGAAGAACCUGACCACGGCCGCAGGAGCUCUCGUCCAGGAAAACAUCCAGUCACUCAAGCAGCUUGCGCAGCUGUGUACUCAGGAACUGAUGAUGGCUGCGUUAGGAUCGAACAGUGUGCCCGAAACGCCGAACGCCCGAAUACCGCCGAAAUUUGCCGUCACACAGGCCCUCGUGUCACUCCUGGUUCAGAAGGGCUGGAGUCAGAAACUUCUUCAGCUUCAGCUGGCAGAGGAUGGAGUCUCUGCCGCUAUGAACAGCACUGCAGAUGAGAAGUUUUCUCCACUCUUGUUGAUCAACGCCCUGUCUGCGUGUCUGAUAUCAACAAAAAUACCAUUCAUGUACCGCCAGUGGGCCGCCCGCCAACUGAUGACGGCCCUGUCGGCCCAGGGGGAUCCCCGGGUGACAAUGUCGGAGAACCAGGUCGACCUGGGAGGGGACCUGCCUCUGUGGCACAUAUCCAAGUUAGAAGCUCACCAAAACAGGGUGUCACAGUGCGUGUGGUCUGCAAAGAAAAGUCUGCUGGCUUCAGGUGGCUAUGAUGGUACUGUGCGCCUGUGGUCGCUGCUGUCAAACCGCACUCACCAGUUCCUCCAGCAGACGUUCGUCUUCAACAGCGGUGAGGACGUCAGCCACGACGACCUCAACAACAACCUGCUGGGACUGAUCUGCUUCAACAGCGCUGGCAGGCUGCUUGCCGGGGCCAUCAACAACCUGGUCAACAUCUGGAUCAUCGGAGGUAGCAAUGGUCACCUGGAUGUCCAGCCCCAGUGGGUGACCGCCUUGUCGUGGCCGGAGCACAAGGGCUUGUUUGAGGGCCGACUGGGCAUCAUGACCGACACCCUGCUGGUUGGUCGGCUGGACGGGUCCGUCGCUCAGAUCGAAGUCCUCGAUAUUUUGACCUGUCGGAGGAAAGAACUCCAGCACUGCACACGGAGAAACGUGUCUGUCACACAGAUUGCCUGGUUUAACGAAGACCAGCGGUUUGCCAUCGGCUACAGUGAUGGUGUGCUGUCAUUAUGUGGCUUGUCAGAACUAACAGAUAUUAUCACCACAGAAGCUCACAAAAAUUCCCUGACGUUGUUGAAGUGGGACCCGACUGGUCAGAUGGUGGCGUCCUGUGCGACCAGCGACAAGGACCUGAAGAUCUGGACAUGUCAGCGAGACCGCCUUGUCUGUCUGUUGUCGCUACCGCACUCCGCCGCGGUGUCCACCUUCCAGUGGUGCAGCAUGCCCGGGGUUGGGGACAACAAGCAGCUGCUUCUGGCUGGAGGAUCAGCGGAUGGUGUUGUGUCAGUGUGGUGCGUUCCACAAAUACCACACACAGAGGAACAUGCAGCUCCGUUUGGCAGAAAAUCUACAGCGCAGCCACAGUCUUCUGAUGAGGAAAACACAGAAGACAGGAACAAAGAAGCAGACACAGCAGAGAAGAAACCUGUACAAGUAUUGGUUGGUCAUGUAGCCAGCAUAUGGUCCCUGGCGUUUAGCCCGUCUGCUCUCCUGCUUGCUGUUGGCUGCUGCAAGGGCUGGCUUAAUGUCUGGUCCCUACAGGAUGGCUCGUUGCUACAGACAAAGUCCGGCAACGGAACAGUGAAGAGUCUUUGCUGGAUCAGUGAUCGCUACAUUGCGUACUGCUUCAGCAGGUCAAAGGAUGUGCACGUGCUGCAGUACAAACCUGAGGUGUACGGGAAAGACUUGGUGGUCGCGGUUGCCAGGAAAGUGCUGAAGGCGCGGGGAAUUAUGGGUCUCGACGCGUCACCAUACUUCAAGGGCUUUCUCCAGCGACUGCCAAACAUGCUGCAGGAACAGUACCUCUAUGAAAAGCCAGUGAUUAUGUUGGGAGAUCAGCUGACCCACAGCCAGUACCUGCAGUGUCUGACUGCCAUGUGCGUGGAUCUGGCCAUCGAUAAAACUCUGUGUUUUGUCCCUGCACCGUUACAUCACCAGUCUCCACAAACUUUGGCCAGUCGAAUCGUGCAGGCAUGGCAGUGGCUGUUGUCCUAUUCCACAGUGGUGAAGACUGCACAUGCACUAACCAAUCACAGCUCAUUCCCGGCCACAUUUUCCACCCUCAACAAGGACGAGGCUGUACAAGUCCAUGGGGAAGGAUACGACAACAGCAAGUGGGACUUGCUGAAGGACAGUCAGAUCAUGUCGUGGGCGACGAACCACCCCGAGGACUGGCAGGUCGGGGGGCGGUGUCAGGCGUAUUUGAUGGGUACUGGCCGGCAUGGGCAGCUGUGUGAGGGUGGUAGGACGUCGCUCACCCCAGUACACGUGUCGUCAUUCUACUGUGCUCAGCAGAUUAUUUGUGGACUGAACUGUACAUUUGCCAUCCAAGUGAACGGCACAGUGAUGGCAUGUGGAGAGGGAAGCUAUGGUCGCCUUGGACAAGGAAAUUCAGAAGACACACACAUCCUAACUGCUAUUGGAGGUCUACAAGGUUUUGUGAUUGUCCAGCUGUCGUCGUCCGUGGGUUCCGACGGUCACAGCAUGGCAGUCACUGACUGUGGCGAGGUCUUCAGCUGGGGGGACGGCGACUACGGCAAGCUGGGACACGGAAACAACGAUCGGCAGAAACGGCCCAAACAGAUCAUGGCUCUGCAAGGCGAAGAAGUCAUCCAGGCUUCCUGUGGCUUCAAGCACAGUGCUGUCGCAACCAUGGAUGGAAAGCUGUUCACUUUUGGAAAUGGUGACUAUGGAAGACUGGGCCAUGGAUCCAGAUCUGACGAGAAGCUGCCAACAAGAAUCGUGUUUCCAGAUAAUAUUAAAAUUGGACAGGUAUCGUGUGGUCUGAAUCACACUCUCUGUGUCUCCACCGAUGGUACGUCAGUGUGGGUGUUUGGAGAUGGUGAAUACGGACAGCUUGGCCUGGGUAACACACUGUCCAAGUCUACGCCGACGAAAAUCGAAGCCUUGCAGAGACACGUCAUCAAGAAAGUGGCGUGUGCCGCACAGUUCUCCGUGGCCUUAACCAAAGAUGGCAGGGUGUUCACUUGGGGUCAAGAACGGUUAAUAGGACAACCCGAGUCCCAGCACAGGAACCACUUCAAGCCACAAGAGGUCUCCGUGUUGUCCAGCUACUUCAUCGAGGACAUUACCACAGGGGCAGACAACGCCAUCGUCCUCACCUCUUCUGGUGACGUGUGGGUAUGGGGGAAUAACUCUGACGGACAGCUGGGACUGGGUCACACAACAUCUCCAGUGAGGGAGCCGCAGCAGGUGCAAUCCCUUCGUGGGAAGAACAUACGACAGAUAUCAGUCGGCCGCUCCCACAGUGCCGCCUGGACUGCUCCCCCGCCAGCCAGACGAAGUCCCGGCACCCCGGCCCCUCUUCAGCUGGGUGUCCCCGAACGUAUCCCUCCACAAUACGGCGCUCUCAAGGAUGUGCAGAUUGAAGCCAUUCGGGAACGAUUCACGGUGCUACAUCAGUUCUCGGAUCUCGUCUAUACGUCGUGGAGGCUCAUUAACUUCAUGCCAAAACAGGGUACGCGAAGUCUGGAUACAGUGGAUGGGUUAGCUGAUGGACGCUUACGACCAUUGCUCACGCCAAAUGUUUACACUCUGCCCAUUGUGAGAUCAGUUGGCCGAACCAUGACACAAGGGAGCAACUGCCGUCCUCUAAUAACUGUUAAACGCUUGGCAACAAGAGGUAAGAAGUGUGAGCCGGUGUUUGUCCAGAUCGCCCACCAGGUGGUCAAACUGCGGCCCGAGGAGCUGCGGUUGCCGGCGCAGGCGUGGAAGGUGAAGCUGAUCGGUGAAGGUGCUGACGAUGCUGGUGGCGUGUUUGACGACACAAUCACGGAGAUGUGCAUGGAAUUAGAGUCUGGUGCAAUCCCUCUGCUAAUACCAACACCAAAUGCACUGAGUGAAUCUGGCAAUAACCGAGACAGAUUUCUUUUGAAUCCAUCUCUGACAUCUGAUGAUGACUUGGUGCUAUUCAAGUUCCUCGGGAUUCUGUUUGGUGUGGCCAUCCGCACCAAGAAACCGCUUGAUCUGCAUCUCGCCCCUCUCGUCUGGAAGCUCCUGGUCGGUAUACCCCUCAGAGUGGACGACAUUGAAGAGGUGGAUCACAUCUACAUCCAGAGUCUAAAGGGAAUACAGGACAUUCAUGAACAGGGUAUCAAUGAGACAAACUUCUAUGAGUACAUUCCACUCGAUUGUUUUGAGGGUCAGAGUAGUGAUGGCCGCCGCGUGCCAGUGGUUCCCGGUGGAUACCAGAUUCCUCUCCACUUCCACAAUCGGUGCGAGUACGCCGAGAAAGUCCUUCAGUAUCGACUACACGAGAUGGACAAACAGGCGGCCGUGAUCCGUGAAGGGAUGUCGUGGAUAAUACCGGUUCCUCUGUUAUCGCUGCUCACUGGAGACACGCUGGAACAGUUUGUGUGUGGCACGUCCGAGGUUUCCAUCGACAUCUUCAAGAAGGUUGUCAGAUACCGAGGUAUUGAAGAAAAUCACACAGUGGUGAAGUGGUUCUGGGCGGUGCUGGAAUCAUUCACUAACGAGGAACGUAUUCAGUUCCUACGCUUCAUCUCCGGUAGAACCAGACUUCCCACCAGCCCAUCCGAUAUGACACAGCGAUUCCAAAUCAUGACCUCAGACCGGGGAAUGAACAGCCUGCCCACCUCCCAGACGUGUUUCUUCCAGCUGCGUCUUCCCGCCUACAGCAGCCAGGAGUUGCUGGCCGAGAAACUGAGGUACGCCAUAAACAACUGCCGCUCCAUUGACAUGGAUAACUACAUGCUGGCGAGGAAUGCCGACAUGGCCAUGGACACCGAUGAUGACACGUAGUGCGAGCAGAUCUCCACCCAGUCCGUUUGUUGACGGAACUAGUGGUUUAUCACUGAAACGGAAAAUUACAACAUCGUGUGGAUGCUGUUUGCUUCACAAUAAUGUUUACAAUGUAAUUGCUGCCGAAUUACAAGUCCAUUUGUUUACAAGAUGGUGUCAGUGACUGUUUGCUUUACCAGUUUCAAUGUUUUCCAGUCCAUGAAUGUCACGAUGCAAUCUUUUUGACUUAUUUGCAAGUCGGUUUUCAGUCUGUAUUAAUCUUCCACCUUAUCUGUAGGAUUCCCAAUUGGAGUUAGUGCUACGUAGUAGUUAUUCCACUAUCAAACACAUGUUUGUUACCAUCUUGCUGGUCCAGGAAUUACCAUAAAUCACAAGAGUCUUUAAAAUUGAUGGUUCAUGUAAAUAUGUUGAAAGUUCCUGUUGGAAUCAUAUUUAUUAAACUGCAAGUUUACUGGUGCAAAAUGUUCAAAAUCGGAGUUACGUUUUGAUAAGUAUGUUCUAUGAAAUGCAUGUUAACUCUCUGCCAUGCAAGUUAUUGUGACAUUUAUUUCAAAAGAUUUAGUUUUUAUAUGCAGUAUAACAUUAUCCAUUCUUGUUCUCUAGUUUUUGUUGGUCUUAAUUUUAUUUAUAGCUUUUUUUUUCUUUUUUUUUCAAGGGGGUUGAGGGUUUUGUUCCCCUAAGUGUUAAUUAUCACAUGGUCUUAAAACUGAUUGGGUCAUAUGCUAAUAUAUACCAUCAAAAUAUGUCAUUUCUUUUUUCUACUUUUGUUUUCAUUUCCUUUAAAAUGUUUAGUUGCUGUUAUACAGUGUAUUUUUAUCGUUAAGUUACCAGUUACCGGAAUACUACACCUUAAAAUGGUAUUUAUUAUACCAGAACUAAUGGAACUGUGUUUUGUAUGUUAUACUUAUAGUAUUCUAUUUAUUUACAGCUAACACAGUAACAAAACAAAUGGAAUGGCAUCAAUUCAGUGGUAGAACACUUGACAGAUUAUCUGCCUCUUCCAGUCAGUAAUCUACUACUGGUUAUAUAUUUAUAAGUUUGUGGCAUGUCUGUAAAAAAAACAAAAUGCAAAUAAAAGAUAUCCCACUACUAACUGAAAGGAGUAGUGUAUGUGACAUGAUGUUUCUUCUCUAGUAUUCUUGACGAGGUGCAACACCAUUUGUUGAACACCUAAUAGCAACUAAUUAUCCAGUAUUGUAGGCUGGCAUCAAACACUAUGAUACUUUCUUCCUGCAAAUAUACAAUGGGAAAAGUCGUGAAAGUUGGGAUGCUUUUUAAAACUAUUACUAAAUGUUUACAUUACAAGGGACAAUGUUUGGGAAUGAGAAGAGCGGAGUGGAUAAUUUUACCAUGCUCAUAUACCAGGAAGGUUUCGACCAUGUCUGUCCCGGGUCCCAUCUCUGGAUAGCCAGGGGCCGUGACCCGGGACAGAUUGGGAAUGAGAAGAGCGGAGUGGAUAAUUGUACCAUGCUCAUAUACCAGGGAGGUUUCGACCAUGUCUGUCCCGGGUCCCAUCUCUGGAUAGCCAGGGGCCGUGACCCGGGACAGAUUGGGAAUGAGAAGGAUCUCGCGAUCAUGUUGGAUGUGUAUGUGUUUUCAGCAGGGGAGAUAACUGUUAAAGGUCGGAGAUACGCUAUGUUCUUACAGUAUUAGAAUUGUUGAGCUAGUUGAAUGUUAUACACUGUAACACUGUGUGUCAUUGUGCCUCUAGUUUGGUAUCUCAGUCAGCUUGCCAACAUGCUAUACUUAUGUAUAGUAUUUUUAACCUGCCCAUUUCUUUGUGAAAUUAAUUUUUAAACAUUAAAUCGUCUUUAAUGUGAUGCCUUUCAGUAUAAGCAUUUGUGAUAAUGUUUCCAAUAGCUUGUCAUGGAACCUAGGAAUGCUCUUUUAUUUUAUUUUAUUUUAUUUUAUUUUAUUUUUUGUUAUGGCAAAAGAGAAAAACAGAAGAAAAGAAAUGCUUUUAUGUUCCCAUUUGACUGUUUUGAAAUGAUGUGUAAUUUUAAGUCGGUCAAUAGUUGUUUUGAGUGUUGUGUGCAUGUUUAUAUUUAUAUACAUAAUUGAGUUUGUGUUUUUCUGUUAGUCAAAGAAAUCAAACAGGUUAUAACUUGCCUUAAUGAGCCACUAUCCAGAAUUAGUAUUUAGCUUUACAGUAAUGUUUUGUGUUGUUUUGUCUUCUUUCUUUCUUUCUUUUUCUUUUUUUUCUUUUUGUUGUUUUAUAUGUUUUUGACAGUUUUGAACUCCUAUGUUACAGGAAUGUUCUGUGCUGAUAUGUUUUUAUCUCAUAAGAAUUGUAUUGGGAAAAAAACAAUCUCAGUAUCUUAAAAGUAAAAUCUAACAUACAUUCUGUGUUGGCCUAGCAUGACUUUACUAAAAUUAUAAGAAAUAUGGAGAGUUACUCAUUUUGAUAACAUGUUUUUUUAAGCUUGGCAAAAUGGCAGUUUGUUUGAUUCACUAAAUGUGUUGGUAACAAAAAGAGUGCAAUGUAUAAAUGUUAACUGUUUGUGUGUGAAUACUUAAGUUGGUUAUUAAAUGUUGUAAGUAUUUAACAAAUCUCUGUGUACAUGGUCAUUAAAUUAAUGAUUAAAAGUUAUUUUUGGUUCAA